UUGAAGUGCAGUGUUUAUCGUGAUGUUAUGUUGUAAUUGUGUUAAAGAAUUGUUGCCAUCACUAUUAUGAUAUGAUUCUGAGAUUUUUUACUGGACCGUUUUGACCAUUAAUAGGAAACAAAAAUUUCCGUGAAUAAUAUCGCAUCCUAUUCCUAGGCCUACAUUGAAAAUGGCGUCUGAAAAGGAAUCUCCCUGUCAGGAUUACUGUGCUAAUGAUCCGAAUUUUGCCAUAAUUUGUUCAUUUUUCGACCGUUUUGCCAUCACUUGUGGUAUUACGUAUCCUACAUUUGCUGAACUUCAAGAAAUGAUUGAAAACACCCAAGAUGUUCCACCGGAACUCAUUGAUUUGCAUGUCAAACUGUUGAGAAAGAUCCGAAGAUCUGUUGCAACAGAAAAAUGGGAGAAAGCAUUAAUCAAGUUUUGCCAUUCAUAUCUAUGUAAUGAAGAAGGCUGGGAACUAGAGCGUUGUGGUUACAAAAAAUGCAAAGUCUCAAUCAGACUAAAAAUACUAAAGACUCUCUUAGACGCACAGUUUGAUCUAAACAGCAAGUUUAAGAAUGACAUAAACAAGUUGACGCCAGAAGAGCUAAGGUUAGAGCCGCUUGGCAGAGACAAGGUGGGUCAGUCGUACUGGUGUCAGUUUGACUCUGCUGCUAACGUCAGGGUUUACAAAGAGGACCAGGACGAGGAAACUUGGGCUUUGGUGGCAAAAGAUCGGGAAGGGCUGGUUGGUCUCAUUACACAAUUGUCUUCUGGUGAAGAACUGCUUGAACUGGAACUGAUAAACGAAGACAGUAAUAGCCAGGAGGUUGAAAAACCUAUCAUCGAUACUGGACAAGUUGAACAAUCAACGAGUGAGGAGAACACGGUUGACAGUGUUGCCUCCAAAAAUGAACUUCCAGUCAAGGAAGAAAGUAGUUGUAUCAAUGGAAUUUCCAAAAGUGAUGUUUCAAAUGUUGCUAAUCCACAGAAAGAAGUUUUAGAAGACACAAAGAGUGAAACCAAAGUUAAAAUUGACAAUGGUGAACUUUCAGAUCAAACAAACAAGUGCACUGCUAAUCCACAGAAAGAAGUUUUAGAAGACACAAAGUGUGAAAUCAAAGUUAAAGUCGACAAUGAUGAAGUUUCAGAUCAAACAAUCAGGUGCACAGAUGUCUCUCUUGAUAAUAAUCAUGAAGUGACAACCAUUAAUGGAAAUGAUCACAAAGAUGAAGUAGAGCCCGAAAAGAUAAUAGAUAAAGGUUGUCUUUUAGAAAAUAAAAAAGAUAUAAACCAAGCUGAUUCAAUAUCUGCCUUAAAGACUGAAAAUUAUGUUGGCAAUGAAAAUAAUAUAAGUCAGCUGCCCACUAAAACUUCUGAUGAAGUAAAAAAUGUUGCAGAGGAAAUCAAACAGAGAUCCCUUUUCAAAUCUACCAGUUCUCCGUUAUUCAAAGGUAAAAUUGGAAAAUCUUCAGGUUCAAAGUUGGAUCAAAUUUUCAGUCGUAAAUUGGAGCAGAGUAGCUUAAAUUCUAUCGGUAAAGUUGGCAAUGUUGAAGAUGGUAAAGAAACAAGUUUACAUCUCAAAACUUUAGUUGAUGACGAUUCAUGUAGUCAAAGUUCGGUUUUGAGUAAUGUUAAUGAGCAAGAAAGCAACUCUAUCAGCAAAGAAUUACAAGUUAAAAGAAAAGCGGAUGAACUCUGUGAGGAGCCUAGUAAAAAACAAUGUUUAGAAGAAUUUAAACCUGAAUUGGAACCUGAAGUUGGGGAAGAAAUUGAAGAACCUGUAAUGAUAAUAAAAGGUGAAGGUUCAGGUCAGGAAUGUGAUACAGGGAAUCCGGGCAAAGAUAGCGAAGAAGAAGUCGGCACACAAAAUAUGAAUAAAACUGCCUCCAAUAAAAGUGAAAUAACACAAAAAAAUGAACCUAGUGAUAAUAGUUUUACUGAAGAUAUUUUACUUGAAAAGAGUUUGAACAAUGGCAUAUCUAGUGAUAAUGGCAAGUUGGAUGAAUUCUCACAGAUUAAAGUUACAGAUAGUACUCAUAACAAUCUAGAGAUCACAAAAAAGGAUGGUAAUCUGUGUGAUAUAUCUAAACCCACUCAAGGCGAAAAUACAUUAGAAAAUUUUGAAUUAACAAAUACUGAUAAAUCAGAGCUUGAGAUGAACAAGUCCAUUGAAGAACAGAUGUCUGACCUUACGGGUGAAGGUCUUUCUCCCAAGGGAGUACCUGAGUGCCAGAGAAAUACAGAUAAUAAGAAGGAAACUGGCAUUGAAGUCAAUUCUAAAACAUCUGAAAAAUUAACAAGGAGAAAGUCAUUAGACUCAACUGAUGAUGUAGACACUGAAUCAAUUCCUCCGGAAGCUAAAAAAACAAAAGUAGAAAAAGACUGCAACGAUAUUUUUGGUACAGAUGACAGCAUGCCUUACUCAACUGAAGAAAAAAAGUUGGAUGACAAAAGAGGUAAUUUAAAUGAUAGAGUGCCUGAGCUAAAGGUUACCAAUGAUUUUGUAGACAAAGAAACACAAGAUAAAAGUAAAUCAAGUGAAAACGAUGAUCCUGAGGACCUGUUAACAAAGUCAAACAUUAAAGGAAAUGUUUUUGAAAGUCAAAAGGAAGCUAAUAGUAAACCUGUUGAUGACAUUAAAGCGUCUGUAGGAAAGGAAAUCACUAGUGUUGAAAACAAGAGUUUGCCAAAGAAGGAUGAAGAUAGUUUAGAACGUAAUGAAAAAAUCAAUACUUAUGAUCCAGAUGGCAAAGUAGAGUCCAAUGAAAAUUAUUCUGUAGAAGACAAUUUAAAGAAAAUUGACCGGUCCAAAGAGAAAGAUGCAGAAAGUAAUGUUGAUGAAACUACUUCAAAAUCAAAAAUUAAAGAAAGUAAAAUUGAGUUGGAAAGUGAGGUGAAAUCUGAUAGCACAAUAUCUAGUAACCCUACUAAAGAAAGGAUUAAUGAUGAGGGGAGUACCUCAAUAAAUCCUUUGAGUGAACAAUCUGAGGUUCAGGAGAAAGAUGAAAAAGUUCCUAGUGAUAAUAAAGCUCCAAAAUGUGCGUCUGAGUCUGUAAAGAAAGAUGAAAAUAAAGAUUGUGAUAUUAAGAGUGAAAAUGAAGCUCAAAGCGAUUCCUCAACAAAAGACAAUGAUGGAACUGCUAAAAAAAAGAAGACUCCAGUAAAAAAAUCUCCCAAACCAAGAAGAAAAGUAUUUACCCCAAAAUCCAGAAAAAGGGCGAAUAAAAAUAAACCAACAAAAGAUGAAUCUGAAAAUAGUUCUGUUCCUGGAGAUAAAAAUAGUCCACAGAAACUUGAUUUGGAAGAAAAGGGUAAUCAAAUAGAAAAAUCGAAAGACGAAGGGGAUCUUUCUGAAAAGAAAGAAACCAAAGCAAAACCAAUUUCAGGGAGGAAGAGAAGGAAUAGCCACAAAAAUGUCAACACAGAAAAAGAAUCUGAAGAAGAUCUAGCCUCUGACAAGAAAGCUAAUACUGAAGAGGAUGAUGAAGAAAUCGGAGGAAAACGUAGAAAAGUCAAAGGAAAGAGAGCUCCAAAUAAAAGCUUGCGUAAGGGUGUAGAAGAGAAAAGAAAUUGCAAAUCCAGUAGUGAAGAAGAGAACCACAGUGAUGAUAAUAAAGACACAGAACUCAAGAAAUCGUUUAAAGAAUCCAAAACUUCACCUGCUGCUAAGAAAAAUCUAACAGCAAAAACUGCCAAAAGUAACCAAGGGAAAGGAAAACAAAAUGUUAAAUCUAAUUUGAAAUCAAAGAAAGAUGAUGCCAGUAAAAUUACAGAUGAAGAUGUCAAUGACGAGGAUGAUGACAAGUCUGAUGAAUCUACUGAAAAGAAACCGAAGAAGUCAAAGGGACGAAACAGUAGAGCAUUUUCAGGUAUCAAUUUAGAUAUUGAUCUGAAUGAUACAAGCCGUUCUGUCAGACAGUCAAGUCGCAUCGCACAAAUUAAAAUUAAAGAACAAGCAGAUCACAAACAUGGGGACGACCACCAUCAGAAUGCUGAUAAACCAGGGAAGAAAAAUAAAAAGAAAAAGGAUGACAACGAAGAGGCAAUCAAGGGAACUCCCAAAAAAAAGAAGAAAACUAAGAAAGAAAGUGAUGACGAUGUUCCUGAGGACGAACCCUUAUCUGAGAGGAAGAAAAGGAGGAGGAAGAAGAGAAAGCAUCCAGUAAAAGCAUUUAAUGAACGUGAUCCCUGGAAAUCUUCUUCUGGAUCAAGUUCUGCUGAAGAAGAAGAAGAAGACCAUUUUGAUGACAUUGUGGAGGAGGAUGAAGAGCUUCCUUUGCCAGUGAAGUCUGAUCACGAAUUUUCUCCUGAGUCGGAUUUGGAAGCAGACGAAGAGUGGAAACCAGUUCGAAGGGCAAGAACAGCUCAGAAAGUCAAAGAGCCAACUGAGGAGACGGAGGAGAGUUCUAAGGACUUGGAUGACUUUGCAUGUGAGAAGUGUGGCAAAAAGGAUCACCCUGAGUGGAUAUUGUUGUGUGACACUUGUAACCUCGGCUGGCAUGCGUCCUGUCUACGGCCUUCACUCAUGUUGGUGCCAGAAGGAGACUGGCACUGCCCUCCCUGUCAACAUGCAACGUUGGUGAAGAAGUUGCAAGAAACAUUGAGAAUCUAUGACAAGGAUACCAAGCGGAGGGAGAACGAGGAGUUGAGACGGAAGCGGCUGGCGUACGUGGGCAUCAGCCUGGACAACGUGUUACCUGGUAACGCUCACCCACCCAAGGAGAAGCCCAGUGGUAGUGAGAGUUCCGAGAGCUCAGCGUCUCGGUCUGAUUCGGAGUCAGAGUACUCAGAUGAGCCUGUUUACCAGCUGCGACAGCGGCGCUCAGGCACCACCAGCUACCGCUUCAACGAGUACGACGAACUCAUCAACUCUGCAAUACGGGAGGAGGUGGAGGGUAGUGGUGGUGUUUUACCAGCUCCUGUUGCUACAACUGACGCAGUGUUGCCGAAGGACGGAGAAGGAACGCCACAGACCAAUCAGAGUAGCGCUGAAAUCAAUGGCGAGGAGGUUAAGGCAAAUGCUACAACCGAUAUUAAAGAAAAAGAGGAGAAACCAAAAAAGAAAAGAGAGGAAAGUGAUGAGGAGUCGUCUGAUGAUGAUGACAGCAAGAAUGAAGAUGAUGAAGACGAAUUUCCAAGAGUGGUGCCCAAAAGAACAACUCUGUCCCGGCCGGGCCGCAAGAAACACCGCAAACUCAAUAGUCUGGACGAUCCUAGUGAUGAUGAUGACGACGACGAGGACUUCAAAGGCUCCAGUUCGGAAGAGGAAGAAGAAGAAGAUGAGGAUGAUGACAGUGAUGAGUCUGGUGGCGGAAGACGAAAGUCUAGGAGAGGUAACAUGGAGCCUGUCAGACGAUCCUCAAGAGCACGGAAAUCCCGCUUUGACAAGGAAUUCAUUAACGAUGACAGUGAAGAGAGUGAUGCUCCGAGAAGCAAGAAAAGUAAGAAGCUAUGGAGUGACUCUGGAAGUGAAUCAGACGACUCGACCUGGGGUAGACGGAAGAAAAAGAAAGGUUUUAAUUCAUCGCGAGGGAGAAAAUUCCAAAAAAGUAAAAAAUUUACAAUUGAGGAUGAGUUGUCUGAUAUAGAAUCUUCCAAAACGCCAAAAAAGAAACGCCAGAGAAAAAUAAAAUAUGGAGGAUUAGAUGACUUGGCAGUUGAGGAAUUACCUUCCAGAAGAACUCGUGGGAAAAAAAUUAACUACGUAGAAGUUUUAGGAACGGAUUCUGAUGAGGAUAUUCAGAAGACCAAGAGUUUUAAGAAAGCUGUUAUUGAGGAUGAUGAUGAGUUUGAUGCUGAAAAAGAAAAACAAGAAACUUCAGCUGGCAGAAGAAAAAGAUUUGGUGAAGAAGAAGAGUCAGCAAAUGAAGAAAAGAGUUCAGAAGAAGACAAUGAUGAAUCAGAAGAGGAUGACAAGGAACUUAAAAACCAAGAUAAAAUCAUUCAAAAUAAAGAGAGUGAGAACCACCUGAAAACAGACGAAAAGGAGGUGGCAAAACCACUGAAUAUACCUUCAAAUAAUGUGUCGCCUCCCAAAGUAACUGCUCCUAAAGUAACUCCUCCUAAAGUUGCUCCUGCGAAAGCGGUAAAUAAAGGUAAACCACCUGGCAGGAGGGGAAGACCUCCUAAAGCCAUGAUAGCUCCUCCUCCUGAACGUCUCAUCUCUGAGGAUGAGCAAUACAAAGCUGUAGUGAGCAAAGUUGCAACAAUCGGACACAACAUGAGUGACAUCAGCGUAGCCAAAGCCGUCAAUGUCAGCGAUUACCCUCAGAAGUUUUCGGAAACAAAAGACUUUAUGGAACCACCUCAACCUGUAACUCCCAUCAAGAUUCCAAAUAGUUCUUUUGAUCCUAAAUUGGUGAAACGUAAUCCUCCCAUAAAAAUACGUUCUGGAGUUCCAGUAAAUGCGGGAGUAAAGAGUCCCACGUUAGGAAGUCCUACAAGUGAUAUGUCGAUGUUCUCGGUUAAAUCUCCAAACUCUGGAUCUCUGUCUUCCCCCCCAGAUGGUUCUCAGCUUCAAAUGCAACGAAAUAUAAUGCCUUUGAAUUCCACAACUGCGAGGAAAUCCAUUAAUGUUCCACUCACAAAUGUGAAGACUGAAGUUCGAGGUGACGAGGAAGAUUUAGACGAUGAAGAUCUAAUGGAUGAGAUUGAAGAGGAAGAAGAGGAGGAAGAUGAAGAUGACUCGGAGGAUGAUGUUUUAGAAGAAGGUGAAAUACCUAAGAAAGUGGCAAGGCGAAUGGCUCGAAUGGAAGAGAAACUGGAGAAGAGGAAGAUGGCAAAGCAGAUGGAGAAGUUAAAAUCUGUACAGACAGGAGCAGUGACGAUACAGUCAGUCAGUCCAGGAGCUGCUCAGCCUGCCACGGACCAGAAGCCCACCCCUACAACACAACCUACGCAACCUCUGUUAAGAGUGGUGUCUCCCCUGAAGCUGAUGGCUAACCCUCCUGGACCACUCCAGUCAACUUUUAUGAACCCUGGAUUGGGUCCCAGAAUGCCAAUAGGAUCACCACCUCCCUCCGCUCGAAUGCCUAUGGGGAUGAGGCCACCACAGCCUAGUAAUAUGCCUACUGGUGGGGAGGUGGCCUCGAGGAAGGGUCGUGGGAGAGGGAAGAAAGGAGAGAAGGAGGAGAUGAUGGUGCCUUCAGGAGGAAGCGUCAUCCGAGGAAUGCUUCAGCAGCCCCAGUCCUACCCUCCGUCUCACUACCAACAGCAGUACCCACCAAGGAUACCAUACAAUCCCCAACAGAGGAUGCCCAGGCCUCCCUUCCACCCGGGUCACCCGCACCCAAUGGACCCGUCACCCUCUGGUGGGGGUCCCAUCAAUGUAAAACAAGAACCUGGAGCCCACCCGGUCAGCAGUCCCAUGCACAUACCGAACAAACCACCGUCGUCUGCACCACCACAGCCGUAUCAUCCGCAGCACAGGUUCGACACCAGGCCGCCAGGUUACCCUCCUCGACCACAGUACGGCAGCUAUCCUCCCCCGCCUGUGUCCAGUAGCGGGUACGGACAUUACGGCAGCUAUCCCCCACCACCUCCUGCGAGAGAAGACUAUGUCGCUCCUCCACAGCCGCAACCACAGUACAAUGAACAGUUCAGCGAACAACCGACUCCCCCUCCUACCACCCCUCAGACUAGUAAACCCUACAAUGAGGAGGAAGGCAGUGGAGAGUUCGGUGGCCUCGUCUCGUACUUCUCCAGCCAGCGAGAGGAGGACAUCGACACAUAGUUUAAGUGGCACCGGCCCUUUAGAGGGCAUCAGACUGACUACAGUUAAUAUAAAAUAAGACGCAACUUAUUUCUAAAAUAUAUUUUUUUGAAUCAAAAUUCAUUUUCCUAGUUAAGUUAAUUUUUUCCUUCAAAUUGCUUGUAAAUAACUAUCGAUAGUCUUGGUCAGUAUUUAACCAUUUGGUAGGACUCUACAGCUUAAAGCGUCCAUCUAUUGUAAUUUAUAUUUGUGAACACUGGGUGCUCGACCAGUUUUUAUUCUGGGAAGUUGAUCUAUGUAUUAUGUGAUGAUAAUUAAAUAUUUAUGGUAGACUUAGUGUUAGGUGUUUUGUAUUAUGUUUUGUAUAGAGAUCACAUGUACAUAGAUGUAUAUAGAUACUUGUAGGUAAUAUAUAAAUUUUCAGUGAAUGCUUUAUUGUAAAACUAAAAUAAAAAUAUUUAUAGGUAAAAAGCUGUAGGUGUAAACCUGUUUUGUUUUUUAUCACUAUAUGUUUGCUUAUUUUAUUUUCUUGUUUAAAUUUUUGUAUGAUUAUUGAUUAUUUAUAUUUUUGAUUUUGUUAUAUUUGUAUAUAAACUUUGAUUUUAAAUGUUUUUUUAUAUUACAAAUGCAUGACGGAAUAAAAAAUAAACAAUCUAUGUUGUUUAAAAUAAUAAUAUUGCCAGAUUUUUAUCAAAAUUAAAUGUAUGUUCUGAUUUAAUAUAACACUCAUAAUUUUGGGUCUAAUUUAGUAAAAUUCAUAUUAGAAUCAGAAAACUGCUAAAAGAAGAUUACACAAUAAUAAUAAAGUUUAAAUAAUCAAACUAUUCUCAAUCUUUUCCUUUAAGUGGUGAAAAAAACUUUUUCUUCCCACCUGUACUUUUUUACUGUCUGACAAACCCCUUUGACUCAUCAGAGUCAUUUAUUUACUGAUAAAUCUGUGAUUAAUUAAUAAAUUACAUUCAUAUGUUAAAUUUAAAAAGUAAAAACCAAAUGAAAGAAAGUUAAGCUAAUAUCUUCAGGCAAAAGUUCUUGAGGUUAUGUAUUUUCAGGUUGGUGCUAACAGACUUACUCUUUAAAAUCUCUUAGCCAUGUCAUGUGCAACACGAAAAUUAGUCCAUACAAACUUAGCAUUUUUCACCACUCAGUACAGAAAGUAGCUGUUUUCGAUGACUGCCGAUACUAAACAAUACAAUUCUUUCCUGAGCUCUUAUUAUAGCGAGAGAAAAACUAUCAUCUUAUUUUCCCUUGCUUCUCAACCAGUCAUCUGUUUUUGCUCUAUGCACACUAGUGUUUCUUUACAAUCUAUAUUUAUGAGUAGUUUUUACUGUUUGACGAUAUAAAUGUAAACAGAAAUAGGCGUAAACUGGUAUUGUGUUUUGAUGAAAAGUAUAGUUUGUUACUUGUACCGAAAGUGAUUUUCCAGCACUUGAUCCUAUUAUUCUUGUCCUCGGAUCACCUCGCAUGUGAAAUUUGGUGUUCCUGUGUUCGAUUUUGCCUCAAAGUGGCUCCAGGCAUGCACCAUUCGCCAAGCACCGAACAACGACUCGCCGAAUCGCGAGUAGUGUGGAUAGGUGUUUGUCUAUUUGGCAAGCAGCAAACAUUCGUGCUCGUGUUUUCCCAUUCAUUAUCGAUAUUUUUGCACACAACAAAGUGAACGAAUAUUUUUGCUAUUCCCGAAACAACAGUCUACUCGUUAAUUGAUGUAUAGCAAGAAAUCUAGAUUGCCGAACGUCAAAUAUUUGGUGCCUUGCGAAUGGCGCAUGUCUGGAGCCGGUUUAACAAUUAAAACUUGAGAACCCACCAGAAAAUGUCACAUUCGGUACUUAGGUUUUGUCAAACUGAAAGCAAACAUAAGGAGCUGAGGUCAUAGGAUCAAGUAAAACCUACUUUCUGUCACAUAAAUGUGCAGACUUAAAAUUACACAUAUUUUAGAAAAUUAACCACAUUAUUCACUGUGUUGUAAAGUAUUAUCUACUGUGUAAUUUAGUUUAAAUUGAUAACCCGUAAAUUUGAAGCAAAGUCCAGAGUUAUUAAAACAUCACUUAAUUUAAGACUGUAUUAAAAAAAUAGCAAGCUAGUUUGUUCAUAGAAACUUGCCAUCACUGCCGCAGUUUGGUAAAUAGUUAAAUCUACUCUAAUUUAAAUAAUGUGUACAUUGACAAAUAUGUUACAGAUAAACAAAUGCAAGUACUUGGGUGGCUCUGAAAAUGUUAAAAUACUGUCUGUGGUUUUAUGAUCUGACGGUAGCCAAUGUUAUAGUGAUUAAUGUGAAUGUUGCUAGUUUUAUUAUAACAAAUGUGCUAGUUAUUGGUAAUUAUUUAAACCUCACGUUUAGUGCUACAAAUUGACUUAUACUAUACUAAAUUUUCAAAUUGAGCAUCUAAUUUUCAACAAUUCUUUACAAGAUGAUGGUUUACUUAACUAAAACUGGUUAUUAGCUAUACAUUUUUGUUUUCUAGUAUCAGGUUGACUUUAUAGAAACGUAACCAGUGUUUGGACCAUACUUUUAAAUAAACCCGCAAAUUCCACAGACUAUUUAGUAUUUAUACAAGGUUGACACACAGGGAUGGUUGCCUUUAAUGAGAUGAGUGGGACUUUGGCGUUGUCCUGUAAUCCAGCUACUUGGAGGUUACGAAUUGUGGAUAUUUAUUCCCUGGUGUGGAUUAACGUCCACACUAGUGAGUACUGACUAUCCACAGUAAUAUCCUGAUAAUUAGACCAAUUCGUAAAUUACUAGGCAAAAAUGUGGUUCAGAUUCCACUAUAAACUGUAGAGAUGACAUUUGCUAUAAGGGCUAUUAAUUAACAGUCCUGUCUAAGUAACAUGUCGGGCUUAGUCAGUAACAAGACUACAAGAUCGCGCCACUCAUCUCCAUUCAUACUUGGGUACCUUCAUACAGUCGCCACUUCAAUUAAAAGUAAAGUAUUAAAGUGAAGUGUGGAAUGGAUGUGAUGAUAGCUUUGUUGCUGAACAAAAUCACCUGAUUCUUUAACUCCCUAUUGUCCAUUACAGCUGCAGCUGGGUCCAGUUUAGAACCAUAAAAAACUUCUGACUUUUUUCAGGAUCAUUAGUAGGCAAGCACUAUAACCACUCAGCUAUCUAGCUAGUAAUAAAAAUAGAAACAUAAAUAAACUAAGUUUGAUUAGAAUAAACCAUAAAUAUCAGUUUGCUACAGCACAGAGUACAUUCAGCGCAGAGCAUAUUUUGUGCAAGAACCAAAAAUCUUUUUCCACAGAAUAUGUUUGGUUCAGUGUGCUUAAAAAUUGAGAUAUUUAACCACAUUUUGUUGUCACCAAAUUGCCAUUUCAUUAGUUCAAUACAAUCCUUAAUUUGGCUUUUAACUUUUUUUUUUGCAAGCUUGAUUGUAAAGCUGUGUUAUAUCAUAGAUAAAAACAUACUCCAUUAAUAUAGGCUAAUUAUUGUGUUUGUAUAAUUUGACUGUAUAAUAACCCUAUUCAAACACAAGCAAUUUUGUUCAAUUUUGCUCCAUCCAUCUACUUCAUGUAAUUUGACAUCAGUUAUAAACUGCAGUUCCAAGUUUUAUCAAAAGUUUUUUUAAUUUUCUAUUAUUAUUUUUUUUAGUUGUUUAUAUUUUAGUUAAAAUUAAUGAGAUCUGCAUUUAUAGGUACUAAUUAGUUAAAAAACAGUUUCCUGAAUGAAUGUUAUUGUUUAAUUAGGUUGAAUAUGUAGGGUUAGUACAAAUGUUAAUUAUUGUUGAACUAUUUUUAAAAAAAUCUUAGAACUGGGUGUUUUUAUAAUUUGUAAUAUUAUCUAAAGCUUGGUUUAAACUAAAGACAAAACUAGUUCAAAACUCAUCUUUAGCCUUACCGGAAUACUUUUCUUAACCACUCAACUUUUUAAUAAUUUCUGUUUUAUAUUUUUUCAACUAUAUAACUUAAUUAGGAAUUAAUGUAAAUAAGUGUUGUGAUAAAGUCUAUUGUUCAAUGUUAGUGUUCUAUUUAUUUUCUAAAUGCAAUACUAUUUUACUUAAAAUGUCCAUAUACAUAAUAAGUCUGUAUAGCCAAAUCUUUUUUCACUUAAUCGCUAUAUUUUGUUAUUGUAAAAAGGUACAUUGGAUAUCUGAU